AUGUGGUCAUCUUCUGGAAGCGGCAAGAAGCCCGCGCAAUCUAGAAAUGUCACGUCACCUGCAGGCCAUGGAUCUGGUCUCAUUGUUGGCGCUGCAUAUUCCCAUGCUGAUAUGCUGAAAUUCGACUCUUUGAACUCCAACUCCUCUCGCCCUAGAACACCUCCCUCCUCCUCUUCAGCUAAGAUUCGAAUCCAAGAAGCCUCUCCCCCGUCAAGGGCGACCCCAGGCAAGAGCGGUUCCCCUCCCUACAAGAGCUACAUCAACUUCCUAUCCAACACGAACGAUGACUGGAAAGCGGACGAAGACGAGAUGAUGGGUUAUGAGGACGAUGAUGGUGAUGACUUCGGUUUGCCUAGCCUGUCUAAUACGAAGAGAAGGACGCGGCGCAUUGCUACACAGAACAGGGCCGAGUCGAGUACAUUAUCGCCAUCAACUGAGGGGCCCUCUUCCAAUGCCCUCCUGACAAGACGAUAUUCUAAUAGCGCUGAUAUCGCUAUCGAGCGACCUGCGCCCACUUACCCCAUGCCCAAGAAGAGCGAAGGCAAGAUACUUCGACCGCAAUACAAGGAAAUUCUCAAAGACCCCGCCAAUGCUCUACACCUCAUCAACUACCCUACUGUACCAGCCAACGCCACACCUAAAGAAACCGAUGCCAUCAAUUCUCGAAUCACGCGUAUAAAUAAGUUCAAAAAGCUCCUGCAAGCUUCGACAAUCUCGUUGCCCGACUUGAGACAACUCGCCUGGUCUGGUGUGCCGCAGGAGGUUCGCGCCAUCACCUGGCAACUACUGCUGAGUUAUCUUCCGGCGAAUAGCGAGCGCCGGGUUGCUACUUUGGAAAGGAAACGCAAAGAAUAUUUGGACGGUGUUCGCCAGGCAUUCGAAAGAGGAGGAGGCCCUACAACCACAUCAGCAAAUACAGCCUCCACAGGCCGAACCCGAGGCCUGGAUGAGGCCAUCUGGCACCAAAUCAGCAUCGACGUACCUCGUACCAACCCACAUAUUGAGCUGUACAGCUACGAAGCAACACAACGGUCACUUGAGCGCAUUCUAUAUCUGUGGGCUGUGCGACACCCAGCAAGCGGCUAUGUUCAGGGUAUCAACGACCUUGUAACGCCGUUCUGGCAAGUGUUUCUUGGCAUUUAUAUCGGAGAUCCUGAUAUUGAAUCAGGAAUGGACCCGGGACAACUUCCCAAGUCUGUAUUGGACGCAGUCGAAGCCGAUUCUUUCUGGUGUCUUACAAAGCUGCUCGAUGGCAUUCAGGACCACUACAUCGUGGCGCAACCAGGUAUUCAACGACAGGUUACUGCGCUGCGCGACUUGACAGCGCGCAUAGAUGCCAACUUGUCCAAGCAUUUGGAGCAAGAGGGCAUCGAGUUCAUUCAGUUCAGUUUCCGUUGGAUGAACUGUCUCUUGAUGCGAGAAUUCAGUGUCAAAAACACCAUUCGGAUGUGGGACACUUAUUUGGCCGAAGAACAGGGCUUUUCCGAAUUCCAUUUGUACGUGUGUGCGGCCUUUCUUGUGAAAUGGUCCGAUAAGCUCCUCGACAUGGAUUUCCAGGAGAUCAUGAUGUUUCUUCAGAGCCUUCCCACCAAGGGCUGGACGGAAAAGGACAUUGAGCUGCUCUUGAGCGAAGCCUUCAUUUGGCAAAGCCUUUUCAAAGGAUCGGCAGCGCACCUGAAGGGUCAACCUGCUCGAGAACCAGUGACGAAUUUACAGCUAUGA